CCUGCGGUGACAUUCUCUCUGGCGUUGAGGGCAUGGACUGGCCUCGGCGCGGCUGAGACCCGGCUCCUCUCGGCCGCCCCAGCUGUUACCGCCCCCCCGGGUGGAGGCCAAGGAGGGGCCUUGCUGUGUCCAGGCUCCUGUAUUGCUGAAGACCAUAUCUAGUUCACCCAGUCUUCCAGAUCAUGUGCUCCAUGCUUUGAGACCAGGAGGACCUUGGUGUUUUGAAAUGAAGAUGGAGGCAGUGGGAAAAGCAGAACUUGUUGAUUCAGAACUUCCACCAAAGACUUCUGAAAAGCAAGAGACUGCUCCUGAUGAAUGUGGAUCUAUAGAACUUGAGACACAAACUCAGAAAGACAACGUGCACACUGCAGCAGACUCUGUGGUGCUCUCUUCAAUGCCUUGCUUACUGAUGGAACUGAGGCGAGACUCUUCAGAGUCUCAGCUGGCAUCUACAGAGAAUGAUAAGCCAAUGGGUGGUCGAGUUUAUGAGAGUGACUCUUCUAAUCAUUGCAUGCUUUCCCCUUCUUCCAGUGGGCAUUUGGCUGACUCUGAUACAUUGUCUUCCACAGAAGAGAAUGAGCCUUGUCAAGCUCAAGAUGCUGUAGGGGGAGACCUUUCUGCAGUGUCUGGUGCUGCAGUUGGGAGGAAAUCCAGGAGAUCCAGGUCUGAAAGUGAAACUUCAACAAUGGCUGCCAAGAAAAACAGACAGUCUAGUGAUAAGCAGAAUGGUCGAGUUACCAAAGCAAAGGGUCAUCGAAGCCAAAAGCACAAAGAAAGAAUCCGACUCUUGAGACAGAAACGGGAGGCAGCUGCUCGCAAGAAGUACAACCUGCUGCAGGACAGCAGUACCAGUGAUAGUGACCUGACGUGUGACUCGAGCACGGGUUCAUCAGAUGAUGAUGAAGAAGUUUCAAGGAGCAGCAAGACAAUCACUGCAGAGAUACCAGAUGGACCUCCAGUUGUAGCUCACUAUGAUAUAUCAGACACAAACUCAGACCCAGAAGUGGUAAAUGUGGACCAUCUGUUGGCAGCUGCAGUAGUUCAAGAGCACAAUAAUUCUUUAGGAAAUCAAGACUCAGGAUCUACCUGGAGAACCAGAGGACUGCUAGAUGAACUGAGUGCUGACACAGGUUUGUUUAAAUUCUCUUCCUCUGACAUUUGUUCCAACAUCUCAGUUGAUGUCUCGCCCUUUCUUGCUUUCAAAUCCUUAGGGUUCUCCUUCAAGAAGAACAAGGACUGGUUUGAUGAAAACAAUCAGAACAUCCAGGAAUUGUUGAGGAACAAGAGAUCUACUCACCAAGCACACCUUGCACUGCCAUCCUGUCACGUAAGAAAAGCCGCCUUUCGUCUUGCAUGCAGCAAGCUCCAACAGAAACUCCGUGACAUCCAGAACAAGUGGUGGAUCAAUCUAGCUGAAAAAACUCAAUUAUGCGCAGAUACUGGUGAUUACAGAGGAUUCUAUGAGACCCUGAAAACAGCAUACGGGCCUACAUACCAGGCUCUUUUCAGUACCAACCAUGUAGUCCAAGACUCAGCAAUUCAGCACAUUACACCACAGCUCGUGAAGGAUGACUUGGAUAUUGCCCCCACUUUGGGAGAAACCCUUAAGGCCAUACAGCAGGAUGAGGAUGGUCACCUACAAACAGAGAUAGAGACAAGGCAGUUUAAUGCUUUUUUUGCCUCUGUCUUCAACACGGAUGAUGGACCAAGGGGGUCUCAGAGCCCUGAGCUGGAGGACCAUGACUGUGAGAAUGAUCAACUCCCAGUUGACCCUGAAACUGUGCAGGAUCUACUGCUCCAGGUGGAUUCUCACAAAUCUAUGGGGCCUGAUGGGAUCCAUCCAAGAAUCCUCGAAGAGCUGCCGAUGUCAUCGCAAAACCUCUCUUGA